AUGGACAAUAUUCAAGUGAUAAUGCAAUAUAAUGGAAAAUGGACUGAAGCUGGAAAGUAUAUUGACUUCAUGAUAUUGGGACUUUUGUUGGAAACAGACUGCACUUUCAAAGAUUUUACUGAAACAAUCUAUCAACGAUUGCAACUACAAGAAAGUAUAAUUCAGUUAGAUAUACAAUAUCUAAUAAGUGAAGAUUAUCCUCCAAUAAAAAUUAGAGAUGAUGCAAGUCUCAGAUUUUAUAUGGAAUUAAAGAAGAAGGAAAAUAAUUUCACAAAAUAUCCAAUUUGUGUUAUUUUUAAUGAGGCAGAAUAUAACAGGUUACUGGAAUCAUCAUCAUCAUCAGCUGCAAAUAAAGAAAAAAGUUCAAGCCUGGUUUAUGAAGACAACAUAUCACAGCUGCAUGAACAGUCCUAUGUAUCAAAGGAAAUAUCUAACACAAAUUUGGAUAUGAUUGAAUAUGCCAAUCUUCUUUGCGACCUUCAAGAUAAUCUUCAAGAAGAAGAUGUUGAAGAAAUUAAUGUUGGAAAAAUACAAGCAAAUCAGAAAAUAGAAGAAGGGGGUAUAUUCAUAGACAAAGAAACACUAAUAACAGAUAUGAGUAUGUAUGGACUAUCAGAACAUUUUCAAUACAAGGUGAUAAAAUCCUGCAAAAGACAGUACCGGCUAAAAUGCAUCGAUGACUCUUGUGAUUGGAAUUUUUAUGCAUCAAGAGUUGGACAUACAAAAAUGUUUCAAGUGCGAAAAUUUAAUAAUUUUCAUACAUGUUCUUUGGCAGAAAGAAUGGGAGAAAAUAAGUAUGUCAGCUCAAAGACCAUAGCCAAAAUCAUAAAGCCAAAUCUUUUGGAUAUCAAGACAAUUUAUACACCUAAUGACAUAAUCAGAGAUAUGAGAAAUGGGUAUCGCAUUAAGUUGGAUUACUGGAAGGCAUGGAAAUGUAGAGAAAUUGCACUGGAGCUUUUAAGAGGGAAACCAGAAAAUUCAUUUGCUCAACUGCCAAGAUACUUGCACAUGAUAAAGCAAACAAAUCCAGGUUCAUUUGUAAAUAUAAAAACAGAUGUGGAUGAUACAUUUCUCUAUGCAUUCAUGUCACUGAAAGCUUCAAUAACUGGAUGGAGUCACUGUAUACCUAUUAUGAUUGUUGAUGGAACAUUUUUAAAAGGUGCAUAUGGAGGUACUCUUUUUUCAGCUUCAACUCAUAACGCAGCUGGAAAAAUAUUCCCACUUGCAUUUGCAAUUACUGAUUCAGAAAAUGAUGCAUCAUGGAAUUGGUUUUUUUUCUAA